UCAAAGAAUUUGGUGCAAAUUUUUCGUUUCAACGCAUAAUUGGAUAUCGUCGUCAUUGUAUUGCUUGUGAAUCACGGCUACUGAGAAUUCAAAAUUCAAUUCCAUCAACUGUGUGUGUGUUGUAAAAAAAAUUUAAAGUUCAAACGUUCAAUUUGUUAAACAAUGAGCAGUGGAUUCGUAACCGAAACCGAGUUGGCCGAGGCUCGUCAGCGUCGCCAAGAAGAAUGGGAAAAAGUGCGGACAGCAGAUCAACCACUGGAGGCCCCAGAAGAAGAAUAUGAUGGAAGGUCUCUGUACGAUCGACUUCAGGAACAAAAGCAGAAAAAGGAUCUGGAAUAUGAAGAGGCUCACAAAUUAAAAAAUAUGAUCAAAACACUAGAUGAUGACGAGGUGGAGUUUCUGGAUUUGGUCGACAAAAAUAAGCUGAACGCCGAGAGACAGGCUCAGAUUGAGGAAGCAAAGGAGAUGUCCGAGUUUCGGCAAAAAGUUGCUUCCCUACACGAACAGCGUAUGGAUGAACAAAUUCAGCAGCAAAUGAGCAAAUCCAAACCGUCAAAAGUAUCUGUCGUCUCGAAUCGUAUGUCACAAAAGAAAAUUUUAGCAGGAGUUGUAGUGAAGAAACGAAAGUUGGAAGAGGAGCCUUCAGAAACUCCUAAUAAUGAAAGUCCUAUCGAGAAAAAGGAACCAGCAAAAACUAGUACAUCGAAAGACCUGUCAAUGACAGAAAAUAAUACCCAAAUUUCAGAACAUCAGACCCCGACGGCUGGUAACAAGAAAGUAAAGAGCGGUGCCCUGCAGGUAAUUGGGAUACUUCCCGGUCUAGGAUCCUAUCGAGAAUCGACCGACUCGGAGGCUAGCAGUGACUCCGAUGAAGAUCCCGUCGAUGCCGGUCAGUACGAUUGGAUUGGCCGAAAGAUAGUCAAAGAAAAGGAGGAAUGCAAGUAACUUUCUAUUCGUUGAACUAAGUUGGGUAAUUUUGCUGGAUAAUACAUUUAAGAAUAUG